CGGAAAUGCGUCAUCAACCAGCGCUGGUUAACUCAUUGUGUAGUGUGAUAUCUUGAAUCCGGGCGUUUCCAGGUUUUUCUUUUAUUUUCAACAUGGGGGAACCCCAGCAAGUGAGCGCUUUACCUCUACCUCCCAUGCAGUAUAUUAAAGAAUACACAGAUGAGAACAUUCGUAAGGGUUUGGCCCCCAAGCCACCACUGCCUGCUAAGGAAAGCUACAUGAUGUUUGGCAACCAAUUUCUGUGUGAUGACCUUAUUAUCAGACCUUUGGAAAGUCAAAGCAUUGAACGUCUCCAUCCAUUACAGUUUGACCACAAGAAAGAGUUGAGGAAACUUAAUAUGUCUAUAUUGGUAAACUUUCUAGAUCUUCUGGAAAUUCUGAUACGUAGUCCUGGAAGUAUCAGACGAGAGGAGAAACUGGAGGACAUGAAGUUACUAUUUGUUCAUAUGCACCAUCUAAUUAAUGAAUACCGUCCACACCAGGCCCGUGAGACCCUGAGAGUAAUGAUGGAAGUGCAGAAACGUCAGAGGCUGGAGACUGCAGAAAGGUUUCAGAAGCAUCUGGAACGAGUUGUAGAGGUGAUCCAGAACUGUUUGGCCACAUUGCCUGAUGAUCUUCCGCUUCCAGAUGGAAUAGCUAAUGUAAAGACUGAACAAAUGGAGGUAGAGGAAGAGUGCAUGGAUCAGAGUGAAGGGACACAAGAGGCGACCACUGUUUCAAAAGCUGACAAAGAUGCAUCCAUGUGUGUUCUCAUCGACAAAAUGACUUAAAAUAUCAGCAACUUAUGCCUUGCAUUCGCAUAAUACUCAGAAGUGUACAGAAUAUUUUUUUUUCUUGUUUCUCUCUCUGAGUGAGCUAUUUUCCUAUGUAAUUAUUUGUUUUCUUUCAAGUGUAAAAAGGUCCUGCCACAAUAUGGAAACAUGACUGCUCUAUGUACCGGAUAUGAAUAUGCCAGAACUUUUUUGUAAAUAUUUUUUUUUCUUUUCCCACAGUAUGUAAUCUAUAUCUUUAGUCAAUUGACAGACUAGAUUUAUUUAGCUGUCUAACUUUUAACAGAUUGUGUCAUCAAAUUCUUAUAUGGUACACACACUACUUUAAAUAAAUGCAAAGACCAAAACAUGCCGUGUAUAAGCUUUCGCAAGGGUAAAGAUUUUCAGAACAAACCAUUUACAGAUAUUGCUCAUCCCCUGUCAGUCAGUUCAUAUCAGUAAUUGAGUGACCGUGUAGAGCAGGAGAAUCCUAAACUGUUAUCUUGCUAUCUGUAACAACAAUUACAGCUUAGGUGGUGGUGUUUUUUGUUGUUUUUGUUUUCUUUAUGGAAGACAAAACCAUAUGAACUGUUCAGCCUACCUUGUCUUAGCCAA